UGACUCUUCCCCUGCGCCUCGGGCUCGCCACCACCACCGCAUCCCGCCUCCCGCAGAAUCUCAAUCUCUCUCUCUUAAGCCCCCACGGAAAUCUACCGUGUCGCCAUCACCGUCGUCGUCGAAGUGGAAAAACCCACUUCGAUUUCACGUCGAAUUCUGCGGGCAGCAGCCGGAGAACCAGGGCGGAAGAGGGAGGGAGGUGGGGAGGCGGGAGGAGGGAGGAGGGAGGGAGAGAUGCAUCUGAUCAAUGCGUUGAUGGUGACCCGGAUGGUGACCCGGGAAGACCUCGGCACCUCCCUCGGGAGCGAGAUCACCUUCGGGUCGGUCAUGUUCUUCGUCUACGCCGGGCUCUCCUGCUUCUUGGUCCUCUUCGCCGGCAUCAUGUCGGGCCUCACCCUCGGCCUCAUGUCGCUCGGCCGCGUCGAUCUCGAGAUCCUCCAGCGCAGCGGCACCAACGCCGAGAAGAAGCAAGCAGCUACUAUCUUGCCGGUGGUCCAGAAGCAGCACCAGCUUCUCGUGACUCUGCUUCUUUGCAAUGCUAUUUCAAUGGAGGCCCUUCCCAUAUACUUGGAUAAGCUUUUCAAUCAAUAUGUUGCGAUUAUACUUUCUGUCACGUUCGUGCUAGCCUUUGGAGAGGUCAUUCCACAAGCAAUAUGUACCCGAUAUGGACUUGCUGUCGGUGCCAAUUUUGUGUGGCUUGUCCGGAUUCUAAUGAUUAUUUGCUAUCCAAUUGCAUAUCCUGUUGGAAAAGUUCUAGACUGGGUGUUGGGUCAUAAUGAGGCAUUAUUUAGGCGUGCUCAAUUAAAAGCUCUUGUCUCCAUCCACAGUCAGGAGGCUGGGAAAGGAGGUGAACUCACACAUGAUGAGACCACGAUUAUUAGUGGAGCUCUAGAUUUGACUGAGAAGACUGCAGAGGAGGCAAUGACACCCAUUGAAUCUACCUUUUCUUUGGAUGUUAAUUCCAAACUGGACUGGGAAGCAAUGGGAAAGAUUCUUGCUCGAGGUCAUAGCAGAGUUCCUGUCUAUUCUGGGAAUCCCAGAAAUGUCAUCGGUCUUCUUCUGGUGAAAAGCCUUCUCACGGUUAGACCAGAAACAGAGACCCCUGUUAGUGCAGUGUCGAUCAGAAGAAUUCCGCGGGUUCCAGCAGAUAUGCCCUUGUAUGACAUACUGAAUGAGUUUCAAAAGGGUAGCAGUCAUAUGGCAGCCGUAGUGAAGGCCAAAGGGAAAUCUAAGAAUCUUCCACCAAUGCCGGAUGUGGACAAACUUGAAGAAAAGAAGGCCACUGUGGGAGAUUCCCAGUUGAUUACUCCCUUGCUUGUUAAACAGAAUGAAAAAGCUGAUAUCGUUGUUGACAUUGAGAAGGCUCCAAGGCCAGUGAAUGGCUUGCCUCAAUUAUCAGAAGAUAUUGAGGAUGGGGAGGUUAUUGGUAUCAUCACUCUUGAAGAUGUAUUUGAAGAACUUCUUCAGGAAGAGAUUGUUGAUGAAACCGAUGAAUAUGUCGAUGUACAUAGAAGAAUCCGAGUGGCUGCAGCUGCAGCCGCAUCAUCAGUUGCACGGGCUCCAUCACUUCGGAGACUGAACACCCAUAAAGGAGCUGGAGGCCUUACCAAGCACGUGCAGGUCCCGAGAAAAACUGCUGAGGAUGAUCCAAGUUCUGCUAGGUCAAUGGGCAGUCCAGGUUUGCCAACCUCUGGGGCUUAGGCUUGAAGUUUUGGCAAGGCUAACAUCAGAAAACGCUUCCACGGGACGGGGGAGUCAAAAUUGAAGUAUUAUGAAGAUUAUCCCAUGAUAUUGAACGGCUUUAUCUUGAACAAUCUUUGUGCCAGAGUAAUUUAUUAUAUCCCGUGGAGCGGAGAGAUGCAGUCCUGAAGUAAUUAAUGCCUACUAUAUGUCCAGAUGUUCAGUUGUCCGAUGCAAUUUUGUUUGGCUGGCGCAUGUUCACCGUCGCUUUAUAAUUAGAUUAUUUUGUUUCCGAGAAGAGACGAAAACAAUGAGUUUCAUCAGUCAAGAUCGAAGAUAGUUUUUUACCGUCUUUCAUUAGUAGAAUGUCCAAUGUUUGUCCCCCUUGGCGGAUUGAAGCGAUACAAUGUUCAGUGAAUUUUUUUGUACGGCGCGAUGUAGAUUUGCUUUGGUCGA